ACACUCGCGGACCUCUAGGAGGCUCUGCACAACGCGCAUAACACGAUGCUGAAGCGAACCUCUUUGCCAGUCCUUCUCCUGGCGUGUCUACGAUUAGCAUGUGCAUUCGCGCGAGAGGACCCAGAGAUCUACGACGUCGAUGAACAGACCGAGACACCCGAAAGCCCAUUUCCAUCAGAAUCGGCACAAUGGACGGAACCAACAGCGAUCCCUGGAGAUUUCCAAGAAGAAGUGCACCAUGAGUUGAGCGCGGAGGUUGGAGAGGCGAUAUCAUUGCUGCGGAAGGUCAGACCGCCGGCCGCUUCGAAGUUGGCGAGGCUGGUGAAGAAGCCAAAGGGUAUGAUAGGGUCGGCAGUAUACUACGCCAAAGAGGCGUUUGUUCUGCUGUUCAUGAAUGCGCCGGGUCAAUCACAACUCCUCACGACUUCGAAAGACACACUGCCGAAGCUCGGACAGCCUCUGUCGAAAGCAGUCAAGCUGCUCCAGACUGCCGCGAACGAUAACGACCCCGACGCUUUGUUUCUCCUCGCCGAGAUCAACUUCCAUGGCAACUACUCACAUCCGAUCGAUUACGACGAGGCAUUCAAGAGAUACAAGCAGUUGGCAGAUAUGAAUGGAAACAGCACAGCACAGCACAUGAUUGCAUUUCUCUACGCUACUGGAUUAGCACCUUCGAUACCCGCAGACCAAGCCAAGAGCAUGCUCUACCAUACUUUUGCCGCCGAUCAAGACAACACCAAAUCCCAGAUGACGCUAGGCUAUCGACAUCUGGCUGGCAUCGCAACGCCCAAGAAUUGCGACCAGGCGGUGAUUUGGUACAGGCACGUGGCGGACAAGGCUGUCCUAUACUAUCGAUCAGGCCCACCCGGUGGCCAUAGUCUGGUGCGCGACGCCUAUCGAAUAGCCGAUGAGGAAGGCGGUGUCUAUGGCGAAGGAGCCAGUGUAGCAUCAGCCGGUCAUAACGCGAAGCAAGGUGGCGUGACGAGCGACGCAUAUGCAGAUGUCGAAGAUGUGCUGGAGUACCUCCACCUCCAGUCGUCCAAGGGUGAUCUGAGGUCGACCUUUGGCCUCGCUCGAUUGCACUACGAUGGCGCCAGAGGACUCAAGCGAGACUUUGGCCUUGCCAAAUCAUACUUUCUCAGCAUUGCGAGAGAGCACUGGCCACCAGGAGGUAGGGCGCGAAAGGACACAGCUGCGGGAACAGAGAAGCUGGCGGCCAAGGCGGCAGGCUACCUAGGACGGAUGUUCUUGCGUGGAGAAGGUACCGAACAGAGCUUCGACAAAGCCAGAAUCUGGUUCACGCGCGGCCUGACGACUGGCGAUGCCUUGUCCCAGUACGGUCUUGGACUCAUCUAUCUCAACGGAUACGGCGUUGAACGUAAUGUGGUCAGAGCCGCCGAGUACUUUUCAGCUGCAGCAGACCAAGAUUUAGCCGUGGCGCAGACCAUUCUCGGCAGACUCUUCCUGGAUCAGGGCGACAUCAGCACCGCCACCAAGUACUUCGAGCUGGCUGCGAGGAACAGCCACAUCGAGGCCUUUUAUUACCUGGCAGAAAUGAACGACAAAGGGAUCGGACGGGAUCGAUCCUGCGGUAGUGCCGCAGUAUACUACAAGAUCGUGGUCGAGAAGGCCGAAGCCAUCUGGUCAUCUUUGAGUGAAGCUGCCGAUGCUUAUGAGGACGGAGAGCCUUCGAAAGCUCUGAUCCCAUAUCUCAUGGCCGCUGAGCAGGGAUGCGAAAAUGCUCAAGCCAACGUCGCCUGGCUGCUGGACCAAACUCAGACCAAGCCUCGCUGGAGUCCUCUGAAUUGGCUCUCAUCCACCGCCACGACCGCGAGCAACACAAUCGGCGACGCGGCACUCGCAUUGGUGCACUGGACACGAUCUGCCAAGCAAAACAACAUCGACUCGUUGGUCAAGAUGGGCGACUACUACCUGUACGGCUUAGGCUCGGCCAUGUCAGCAGAAAACGCGGCAUCCUGCUACCAAGCCGCCGCAGAAAGCAUGCAGUCCGCUCAAGCCAUGUGGAACCUGGGCUGGAUGCACGAGAACGGCAUCGGCAUCGACCAAGACUUCCACCUCGCCAAACGCUUCUACGACCAAGCGCUCGAAACCAACCGCGAAGCCUACCUCCCCGUCAAACUCAGCCUCUUCAAACUCCGCUGGCGCAGCUGGUGGAACGGCAUCACCCGCGGCGGAAUCCACGGCAUCGAAGAGGUGACCCCUUCGAAAAAAUCCCGCACUUUCGCAGAAUGGCUCCAAGAUUUCCUCGAAGCUGACGCACAAUACUACAACGAAGCUUUCGAAGCCGACGACUGGGACUCUUCCAACGAACCCAUGCCCGGUGCCGGAGACGAAUACUGGGACGCUGACGGCGCAGGAGAGUUGGAAGAAGGUCUCCUCGAAACUCUUCUCAUAGGUACUUUAAUCGCCGCGCUCGCUUGCUUGUUAUAUUACCGUCAACAACGCCAGCGCAGACAACAAGAGCAACAACAAGCGGCUGCUGCUGCUGCUGCUGCUGCUGCUGCCCCUGUCAGGUAG